AUGGCUCCCUCUGCGGUGACCGAGGAAUCGAUUCAACCUCCCGGCAACUCGAUAAAUUUCCUGAAAGAAAAUGUGAAAAACCAACAACAAAAUGGUUCUUCAGGCAUUUCCACGCCAACAUCAUCAUCAACAACAACAACACCCUCGGCCCCCUCAGUAGAUUCCAAUCAUGAAGAACAUCAAUACCUCAAUUUGAUCCGCGACAUACUUUCCCGCGGCGAACAUCGUCCCGACCGCACGGGCACGGGGACACUCUCACUCUUCGCACCACCCCAACUACGAUUCAGCCUCUCUAGACCGUCCUCGCCCUCCGAUGAUCCCUCAUCCUCCUCCUCCUCCUCCUCCUCCUCCUCCUCAUCAGCCCAUGUCGCCGUGCUUCCACUCCUCACCACCAAACGUGUCUUCCUCCGCGCCGUCACCACCGAACUCCUCUGGUUCAUCUCCGGGUGCACGAGUUCCAAACCCCUUUCAUCCGCCGGCAUACACAUCUGGGACGGCAACGGGUCUCGAGAGUUUCUAGAUAAUCUGGGAUUCACGCACCGCGAAGAAGGGGAUCUGGGUCCCGUCUACGGUUUCCAAUGGCGCCACUUCGGCGCCCCUUACAAAGAUUGCCACGCGGACUACACGGACAAGGGUGUCGAUCAGAUCGCCGAGAUCGUGCGCAAACUCAAGACCAACCCUUACGACCGCCGCAUCAUCCUCAGCGCCUGGAACGUGGCCGACCUGAAACUCAUGGCCCUCCCGCCGUGCCACAUGUUUGCUCAAUUCUACGUGAGUUACCCUGACGCCCCUCGAGGCGAACAGGCUCUUGCCGCGGCGGCGCAGCAACAGGGUCAAACAAAGUCGACGACUUCCUCGACAGAAGACGGUCCACAAAAGGCAAAGGCAAAAGGACACUUGUCGUGCGUCUUGUACCAGCGAUCGUGCGACAUGGGUCUGGGCGUGCCGUUCAACAUUGCAAGUUACGCCCUUCUGACGCACAUGCUCGCCCACGCGUGCGACCUCGUCCCCGGCGAACUGAUCCACACCAUGGGCGACGCGCACGUCUACCUGGACCACAUCGACGCGCUCAAGGAGCAACUGCAGCGUGACCCGCGCGAGUUCCCGACCUUGAACAUCAAGCGUGACGACCGGGGUAGUGGACAGAUGGACGGGUGGAAGUUGGAGGAACUCGAGGUCGUGGGCUACAAGCCUCACAGUGGGAUCAAGAUGAAGAUGAGUGUAUGAAUGGUGCAAUUACCUAGGUAAUAGUCGUGGUUUGUAUGUUGUAUGAUUUAUAUUUGAAUGGACCAGGACACGUGGGAUACAGGACAGCUGUGACCAGACCAAGUCGCGCCCGGGAUAGAGACAUGUUUCAACACAAAACAAAAGGUCAUUUAUGGAAAAUGGCUAUUGUCCUACAAAGCAAUCAUUGCCGUUACUCCUUUCAUGACCUUUUUGCCAACACCGCGGGUUUCGUUUCUGGUCAGGUCAAUUCCUCAGAUACUUUAGUAUACAAUACCUGAUCCAGCAACUAAAUGUCACUCACUUAUCUGGCCAACUAGUGAGAUGAU